AACUUGACAAUGAGAAUGACCAUGACGGAUGAUAGACUCGUUCUUAUAGGUUAAGAUGAAGUUUUUGUUCGAAUUAUAAUAAUUCAAUAAUGGCUAAAUAUAUUGUUCAAAUAGUUGUGUUAGGGACUCAAAUUGUGGGUAAAGCAUUUGCCAAAGCUUUGCGACAAGAGUAUCAAGCUAGUCAAGAGGCUGCCAAACGUGCUGGAGGGGGACGCCAAGGAUCACAGUCUGCUGCUACAAGCGCCAAGACUGGAAUUUCUGUCGAGGAGGCUAAGAAGAUAUUAAAUAUUGAAAAACUUGAUCCUGCAAAAAUUAAUGAAAGCUAUGAACAUUUAUUUAAUGUUAACGAUAAAAAUAAAGGUGGCUCUUUUUAUUUGCAAUCAAAGGUCGUAAGAGCCAAAGAGAGGUUAGAUGAAGAACUCAAAAUACAAACUGAUAGUGCAACUUCAAAAAACAAAAGUGAGUCAUAAAAUUUAUAGGAAUUGUUAAAAUUAAUUAUUAUUAAAUAAAAUGUAGUUUAUAAAAGCA